CUCCAUUUCUAUGUUUUCUCUCAACAUGUUGAAGCAAAAGGGAAGUUCAUCAGUCAGUAGUAUUCAUCACUGGUAAAUAUGGUGAGGAAACACGGAUGGCAGUUACUGGCUCACACCUUGCAAGUGGUUGCAAUUACAGUAUUUUUCUUGUCAGUGGUUGCAUUUUAUGUGUUCUUUGCUCCAUUCCUUGGGAGCAAAAUCUGGGAAUAUGGUUUGGUGGCUAUUUAUUCCCCUGUUGUGGCCCUUGUGUUUGUUCUAUAUGUGCGGUAUACUGCAAUCAACCCUGCAGAUUCUGGGGUCGCGGCUACAUUUUAUUCUGAACAGAAAAGUAAUCACGGAAUAAGCCAAAUAUGUGAUGAAAAUAGUGUUGGAGCAUGCGAUUCCCUCAAAUCUGCCUCGGAAAAUGGGAAUUCAUCAUCUUCUUGGCACCCUGAACAAAUCUUCUGGGCAAUGUUUGUUCUAGACGACUGCCAAAAGAAGGAUGAAAGAACAGAGGAAGGUCCAGGUGAAGAACAACAAGAUCCAGCACUAUUCUGCAGAUUGGGCAAAACUCAGGUUAGCAAAUUCAGCAAACACUGUAGAAGUUGUGAUAAAUGCGUUGAUGGAUUUGAUCAUCCUUGUGCUUGGUUAAACAAUUGCAUUGGUAGAAAAAUUUACGCGACUUUUUAUCACUCAUGCCUUUCACUCUCCUAUGGCUUGCUAUUGAGGCUGCAGUUGGCCUCACAGUUUUUGUGCGUUGUUUUGUAAGUAGUAGAGUAAAAUGUCCAAAUAAUUCCUUACAUUUGGGUUUACUUGAAUUUACGUCACUAACAUUAACAUUUCAA